CUGUAGGUUCAGAUGUAGUUUCACGCUCAAGCCAUACGAUUGCCGACUGUACAACAUUGCUUGUCAACCUUGGGCUGACGAACAAUGGUGAAUUAGAACCCAACAAAUGCAUAAUCAGAGCGCAACGUCCAUAUUCCCAAGAUUAGCCUAACUUGCAUCAUCCACAUACAGGCGAACUUGAAUUUAGUGCACGUGUACCGAGUUCGAACCCAAGUAACGGGCACAAAAUGGGACUCCAGUGAUUUUUUGAUGGGAGGGAUCCAGUUCGAAUGUUGCUAUGCUACUAUCACAUUUUGGAAUCGGGACCAUGACAUAAAUGACAAUGAAAGUAUUUGUCAAGGAACCCGCUAUUGGAUACUCGUCUAAUCUCUGACGUGUUUGAAGUCAACGAGUCAACGGGACCUUCUGAGUGAUCAGUUGAUCCAGUAAAACCUCUUCAGACAGAAGACGUGACAAGUGAAGUGUUGAACAUGACGGAGACCGUGGAAGAGCCAGGUUUAGUGGGCGUGGAGGCCAUGCCUCCUUGCCGAUUUGGGAAUCUGACCGUGAUUAUGACCAAGUUCAUUGAAAAUUGUUUCUUCAGAUUGGGUCUAUUGAUUGGAAAUCAUCCAUGGAAGACGGUGAUUGGAGCUCUUCUUCUAUGCGCCGUUUGCUCCAGUGGAAUGGCUUUUUGGCUCCAAAUCACCGACGACGAACUCCUGUGGACUCCCUACGGAUCUCCAUUCCUGGAGGAUAAGAAGUGGAUCGAGGAAAACUUUCCAAAAGACAUGCGGUACGAGUCGGUAAUCAUCGAGGGAGAUAAUGUUUUGACACCAGAACAUGUACAAUACUUGGCGAAGCUCAAUGAAAACGUUAUCAACGCCACGACAGAAGAUAAACUCCAUAACUAUACCGACCUCUGCAUACGGGAUUUGGACGCAGUGUCGAAAGAAGAUUGUUAUCAGGAGAGUAUCUUACGCCUUUGGAACAGUGACUUGAACGUGAUCAUGAAACUUAGCCAAGACGAUAUCUUGGAAGCUAUUGAUGAGGCUCUUCUUGAUGAAAGGUCACGGGUGAAAACUCUUCUCUCUGGCUUGGCUUUUGAUGGCUCUGGCCAUGUUCUGAGUGCCAAAGGUCUCAUGAAUGUGUGGAUCCUUCGUGAAAAUGGCACCAAAGAAGAGAACCAAGCCAGCAUUGAUGAGGCCGCAUUUGAUUGGGAGACCGUGUUUAUCAACAUUGUGGUUGGAGAAGAUGUUCCAUCGGGUCUUCCGAAUGGAUCCAAGAUGUAUGGAUUGGCCGAGAGAAGCUACAAUGAUGAGAUCGAUGGAGUUGUGAAUAGCAAUUUCUUGCUUUUCUUGGUUGGAUUUGGCUUCAUCUUCAUCUAUAUCGCGGUUGUUUUGGGUAGAUGGAAUUGCAUGGAACAAAGGGUACUUCUUGCAUUGAUGGGAAUUUUGGUGAUUGGCUUAUCCAUCUUUGCCUCCUUUGGAUUGUGCUUUUAUAUGAGGAUUUUCUUUGCCGACAUGCAUCCAAUCAUCCCUUUCCUUUUACUUGGCAUCGGAGUGGACGAUAUGUUCGUAAUUGUACAGUCUCUUGAAAACCUGACCCCUAAACAGAAAUAUCUGCCAGUGGCUCAACGCAUUGGGUUGACAAUGAAACACGCCGGAGUUUCUAUUACAGUCACUUCGAUCACAGAUAUGGCCGCUUUUCUGAUUGGAUCAAGCUCGAGUAUGCCUAUUUUGCGGACAUUCUGCCUUUUUGCCGCGAUGGGAGUCUUGUUCUUAUACAUCUUUGCCAGCACCUUUUUUGUGGCUUGCCUAGCCCUUGAUGAAGGAAGGAUUGAUGCCCGAAAGCCAUGUGGUUGUUGCUCUAGACCUAAACGUUCGGAUUGGACACCAAACAAAGUCAGUCAAAUCGAAAUUGGCAAAUUGGUCUUUGAAAAAGGCAUCACCAAAUAUCUGUUCAAGCUUCCUGUUCAGAUUUUGGUCAUCAUCAUCGUGCUAACUGCAUUCGGUGCUGGUGUAUAUGGGAUCACUCAAAUGAAGUUGGAUUACAACUCAAUAUGGUACAUGCGAAAAAACUCUUACCAAGUGGGGUUUUACGAUGCUACGGCCAGACUGUUUCCAGACAAUGGUGAACGUGUCCAAGUCUACAUUGGGCAAAUCAAGUAUUGGGUCCAUUUAGAAUCUCUCUUGAAAGUAAAGGACACUCUGGACGGAAACUCAUAUAUUCGAGAAGGGUCCAUUCAGUAUUGGUUCGAUACCUUCUACCACGAUUUCUGCGUUCCAAACGAGGAGUCCGUGGAUGUAUUUGCAGAGUUUGAAGGAUUCCACAAAGACGAUGUCCACCUCAAUUGUUCAACAGAAAUGGGAUUCAAGAAAAGCUUUCUUCUUUUUCUGGAUGAAAAUCGAAAUUUUUACCAGGACCUGAAAUUCAACGUGACUUUAGAAGACGAAGACCCAUCGAACUUAUGGAACACAGGGGCCUUCGAGAUCACGGCUUCUCGAGCGAAUUUCCAACAUAGUGAGCUUCAAAACACCACGAUUCAAAACGUGGCCAUGGACCAGGUCAAGAACGAAAUGAGUGCUGUUCAAUUCGGCGGAGAUGAUUUUUCCACUCCGAUUGUUUAUGGAUUCAUGUACAUUCAAUGGGAAGCCAACAAGAGCAUUGUUUCGGAGCUCAUUCGGAAUCUGGUAUUGACCUUCGCCACUAUCGUGGUCGUGACCUUAUUCCUGGUGGCCAACAUUCGGGUUUCCCUGUUCGUGCUCAUUUGUGUGGUCUUCACCGUGGCCAAUGUUUGCGGGUUUGCUCAUUUUAUGGGCCUCACUAUUGAAAUAGUGACUUCCCUCAUCCUAAUCUUGAGCUGUGGACUCGCUUUGGACUACGCCGCUCACAUUGGCGUCGCAUAUCUCUGCUCUAAAGGCCAAACCAGAAAAGAAAAAGCCAAGGAAGCUGCAGUUUCCAUGGGGACAGCUGUGUUUCACGGUGGAUUCAGUACGUUCACGGCCUUCGUUCUUUUGGCCUUCAGCGACUCCUACAUUUUCACCACAUUCUUUAAGAUGUUCUCCAUGGUUGUCACUUUUGGCCUCUUCCAUGGGAUCGUGUUCCUAAGUGUGUUGCUCAGUCUCUUUGGGCCUGUGUUUAAUAUUGAUGAAGGAUCGGAACCGGUUUUCAGUGCAGUGUCGCCAGAUUCGCCAUCUAAAUUAAAGCUAAGGACUAGCCAAAGUCAGAAUGACAAUUCUGACUCUGUACCUAUUGAAACGCAAGUCGUGGAAAAGUUCUGAAUGCUCAUCUAGAUCAACUUGUGAUAAAGCAUAACAGUAAUUGAUCCAUAAGACGUAUCCCACCUACUUGUCGAAGUUAAUCUUCACCCUGUUAUUUGUGAAAUGUUUUAGCAAAGUUUGUAGACUUAAAAGCAAUAAAUAAUUUAUUCAAACUA